AUGAUGGAAUUUCUCGCAGAGCCUCUCGUCCUCCACCCUGCCCCACUGUGAUAAUGUCACAGCCCCCCCCUGACGCCUCCGCUCGUCACGUGACUAUCAGCCACAACCCCACUUGCCGCAGCCAUGAUGCAGGAAGGGUUGGACGACGGCCCCGACUUCCUCUCUGAAGAGGAUAGAGGACCCAGAGCCGUGAAUGUGGAUCUUCAAACAGAUGCAACUCUUCAAGUUGACAUUUCUGAUGCUCUGAGUGAAAGAGACAAAGUCAAAUUUACUGUUCACACCAAGAGUACAUUACCAAAUUUUAAGCAAAAUGAAUUUUCUGUUGUUCGACAACAUGAAGAGUUUAUCUGGCUUCAUGAGUCCUUUGUUGAAAACGAAGAAUAUGCAGGGUAUAUUAUCCCUCCAGCUCCACCAAGGCCUGAUUUUGAUGCAUCAAGAGAAAAACUACAGAAACUUGGGGAAGGAGAAGGAUCAAUGACUAAAGAAGAGUUCACUAAAAUGAAACAAGAAUUGGAGGCAGAGUACUUGGCCAUUUUCAAGAAAACUGUGGCAAUGCAUGAAGUGUUCUUGUGCCGUGUAGCAGCCCAUCCAGUCUUAAGGAAGGACAUGAACUUUCAUGUGUUCUUAGAAUAUAACCAAGACCUGAGUGUACGAGGCAAAAAUAAGAAAGAGAAGCUGGAAGACUUUUUUAAAAACGUGGUCAAGUCUGCAGACGGAGUACUAGUGGCAGGUGUAAAAGAUGUAGACGAUUUCUUUGAACAUGAGAAAACCUUCCUUUUAGAAUAUCACAACAGAGUUAAAGAUGCUUCAGCCAAAUCAGAUAAAAUGAUAAGAUCUCAUAAAAAUACUGCAGAUGACGUUAAUAGAAUUGCCUCUACAUUAUACACACUAGGGACUCAAGACUCAACCGAUGUGUGCAAAUUUUUCUUGAAAAUAUCAGAGUUACUUGAAAAAACACGGAAAAUAGAAGCAAGGGUGGCCGCAGACAAGGAUCUAAAACUGGCUGAUUUGCUGAAAUAUUACCUGAGGGAGUCGCAGGCUGCAAAGGAUCUCCUCUACCGACGAGGGAGGUCAUUGGUCGAUUAUGAGAAUGCAAACAAAGCUUUGGAUAAAGCAAGAGCCAAAAACAAAGAUGUUCUUCAAGCAGAAACUAGUCAGCAAGUUUGCUGUCAGAAAUUUGAAAAAAUAUCUGAAUAUGCAAAACAAGAGCUUAUAGACUUUAAGACCAGACGAGUUGCUGCUUUCAGGAAAAACCUUGUAGAACUGGCAGAAUUGGAACUCAAGCAUGCCAAGGGUAAUUUACAGCUGCUGCAGAGCUCCCUUGGGGUCUUGAAAGGUGACACAUAAGCUUGCAACUUGGUUGUCAGUUGAAAAGGGCUGCAUCUGUAUAGGCUUGUCUUUGUUACCAAUAAAAUAUAACUCGUUUAAUGGAUUUCCUAAAGGUACAGAAUACACAUACAUAAAAAGGAAGAGAUUAUGAUUAAAGUCCACACAGCACAAAUACAUGAUAUAUUUGUUUAAUCACUUCUAGGCUUUUAAUGGUUAACAAUCAAAAGAUAUGUUUUGUGGACAUCACACUGUCAAUGUUGCACUUCAUUUAGACCAAAUUUUACAUAGUGUUAUGUACAGAGGCUGUGGUUCACAUUCAGUAACCUUUACAAUGCUACUUGGUUACAUUGUUAAAGAUUAUCUGAAUCAUAAACUGAUAUUCAUGUGUCGCCUUGUAUCUGUUGUAUUAGUUUUUACUAUACUGCUAUUGAUUAUCUUAAUCUGAGUGUUUAGACUUGAUCUUAUUUUUCUUUUUUUAUUAAUAAAAAAGAUAAUGCAUCUUUAUUUGGGAUUCAAUUAUGUAAUAUCUUUUAAUUAUAAUUUCAAAACGAUCAGAUGGCUUGGUAUGUUUGCCUUAACUUGUAGACUAAUCUUAAGUAUUGUAAAAAUAAAAAGCUGAAUUAGUGAUUUUUCAAA